AUGGGUUUAUGUUUUUCAUCAUCAUCAAUUGAUUAUUCAGAAAAUCAAGCAUCAUCAUCAGCGAAAGUGAUAUCAUUGAAUGGGAAUCUAACACAAUAUUCAGCUCCUGUAAGAGUAUCUCACGUCUUAAAUCAAUUAGAUUCGUCGAAUUCAUGUAUACUAUGUAAUUCGGAUCAUUUGCUCUACGACGAUUAUGUAAAAGCUUUGGGUUCUGAGGAAGAGAUUCAAUUAGGUCAGAUUUAUUUCGUACUUGAAAAGAGUCGGUUGAAAUAUCGAUUAACAGCAUCGGAUAUGGCUGCUUUAGCUGUCAAAGCAAGUUCUGCGUUCAUGAAGAGUUCAUCUACGAAGAAAGGUCGUCGAAGCGGAGGAAGAAAGAAAUUGAGGAUUUCUCCUGUUUUUGAAGUUCAUAGUAAUAAUUAUUAUGAGGCUGAUAAUGGGUUUGAGUCCAAUUUGAAGAGAUUUGAUGAUAAACCAAUGACGGUUGAGAUGAAAAGAUCUGGGUCUGUCAGGAAAUUACACAAAAGUGCUUCAAGACGAGCUAAGAUUGCUAUUAGAUCUUUUAGAAUGAGAUUAAAUACCAUUUAUGAAGGUCAUGUAGUUGAGUAA